UCCAAAUCCAAAACCGAAAACCGCCUCCUUUCUUUUUCUCCUCCUCCUCUCUCGCCCUAUCCAUGUAUCCGCCGCCACCGUCGACGGCGACGAAUUCCUCCUCCUCCAAGACACCGCCCGGGCUGACGCGGUACGGCUCCGCCCCCGGGUCGUUCCUCACCAAGGCGGUCGACUCGGUCAUCGGCGCCGACGAGGGCCGUCGGUUCUACGCCGCCAAUAAUACCGGCAACAACAACAACAGCAAGCACUUCUCCGGCGGAGGCGAGUCGUUCUCGUCUUCCCAGCUGACCUCCGAGUCAGGCUGCCGAGUCAACUCGUCCGUCGACCAUAAAUCACCCGGUGGUGGUGAUCGGGUCAAGAGAUCCGACGUAUCGAACGCCAUGGCUCGCGGGGGGCCGCCGCCGUCGUUGCUGCGUCAGAAGAGCUCUCCCGCCGGGUUCCUCUCCAAUCUCGUUUCCGAAAGCGGUUUUUCGAUAACGAGGGGUGGUUCCGGCGGCUACGAUUCAGCCAAGAAUAAUCCACAUCAAGGCGGUCAGAGGUUGAACCCGCAGCUGAGCUUCACCGGCCCAGAAUCGGGCCUUUCUCAGAUAUCGGAGGGCAGCGAGAGCGACGACGUGGACGAAGAGACCGGCCGCCACCAUAGUUCGUAUAGCAAUCCGGCGUCGUCUGGGUUUGUCAUGGAUUGGGACAAUAGUAGUGGUGCGCCCAACUCCAUCACAUUCUCGGGACAACCGCCAAGCAAGAAGUUCAGAGCCAUGGAUGGAGACAUCUAUACUUGCUACAACGGCUUGGACACCCAGUUUAGUAUGCCACAGACGACGUUAGAGAUGGCGACGACGGUGGACAGGUUGUUGCAUAUACCGGAUGACUCUGUCCCGUGCAAAGUUCGAGCUAAGCGUGGGUGUGCCACCCACCCUCGAAGCAUUGCCGAAAGGGAAAGGCGGACCAGAAUAAGUGGGAGGUUGAAGAAGCUUCAAGAUCUCGUUCCUAACAUGGAUAAGCAAACGAGCUAUUCAGACAUGUUGGACUUGGCGGUUCAGCACAUCAAAGGCCUUCAAAACGAACUCGAGGUAAUGGUACCAUCUACCAGCGAUGUAGAUGAAGCAGUUGAAAUGGAGGAGGAGGAGACUUCAGAUGAUGGACAGGAAACAGCUGCACCACCAGAAGCAGUUGAGAUGGAUGAGGAGAUUUCAGAUGAUGGACAGGAGACAGCUGCACCACCAGAACAUCAAGAAGAAGAUGAGUCAAUCCUAGAACCAUGUGAGGGUAUGGAAUUCGAUUCAGAAGACGCUGCAAAGAUAUUCUACGACGAAUAUGCACGAAAGCUGGGAUUCGUCAUGCGUGUGAUGUCAUGCCGUCGGUCUGAAAGGGACGGGAGAAUUCUUGCUCGUCGGUUCGGCUGUAACAAGGAAGGUCACUGUGUUAGCGUUCGAGGCAAACAAGGUAACAUUCGAAAGCCACGACCCAGCACGAGGGAAGGAUGCAAGGCUAUGAUUCAUGUCAAGUUUGAUAAAUCCGGGAAGUGGGUGAUCACGAAGUUUGUGAAGGAACACAAUCAUCCACUCGUUGUUGUUGCGCACCGUGAAGCCCGCCAGACAUUGGAUGAGAAGGACAAACGUAUACAAGAACUGAGCAUGGAACUACGAAACAAGAAGAGGUUAUGCACGGUGUAUCAGGAUCAGCUAUCCGCAUUCAUGAAGAUCGUCGAAGACCACUGCGAUCAGAUAUCGACGAAAGUGCAGAAUGUGGUGAGAAAUAUCUCAGAGUUGGAAUCUAUAGAGUAGGGACCUAUGGCUUCUUCAGUUCUUCUGCAUGAUAGAUAGUUUGCAGGGAAUAAUCCAAGUCAUCUUAUACGAUUGUUUUCCUGUAAGUAAAUUGCAAUGUGAAUUUGUCAGUCAACUAAACAGAAGACUUGGUAACAACCAAUGACAGGUUCACUCAUCUUGUAUAUGUUUAUUUCAACUGAUCUUGAUUACCACUUCUUUCGUGUAAAAUUCUUAAACUUUGACAUGAAUGAUAGAACUUAUGGGUGUGAUUUGGCUAUGAUGGAAUGUGAGAGCUAUUAAAAAAAUACUUGCUAGCCUAGCAACAGAAACGACUGCUUUAUUAGUUACUCCAAAUUUGAGAACACAAAUU